CUACGGCCCCGUUGGAAUGUUUGAAUAAUGUUAUUUUGGGGCUAAAGUGUAAUUAUUGAGAGUGAAAGGCAGGUUUUCAAUUUUCUUUGGUAUGCCUCACUCGCCGUCGCCGUAGCCUCCUUAUUCGUGGAGAUCUAUCGUCUGUAGAUUUUCUCUACUGCUCUUAACAAGUUGACCAAAUUGAAGCUUUUAAAGACUACCAAAGACAAUCUUGAUUCUUCAGUAGGCUUCCAUGUCUGAGAAGCCACCACCAGAAAUCGCUGACAUCAUGCGCGUAAGCUCGCAUCGCGAGGUCUACGAACCAUGCGAUGAUUCAUUCGCUCUAGUCGACGCACUACUCGCCGACCAAACCAACCUUCUAAACCACAACCCAAACCUCUGUAUGGAGAUCGGAUGCGGAAGCGGAUACGUCAUCACCUCACUCAUCCUCCUCCUCAAACCAAAACUCCCCAACAACAACGUCCACUACCUAGCCACCGACACAAACCCUCUCGCCGCACGCGUGACGACCGAAACUCUGGAAGCACACGGAGUCGAAGCCGACGUUAUCUGCACAGACAUAGCUUCCUGUCUCGAGACGAGACUCGCCGGGUCCGUGGACGUGAUCGUGGUGAACCCUCCUUACGUUCCCACGCCUGAGUACGAGGUCGGUAUGGAAGGUAUAGCCUCUGCUUGGGCAGGAGGGGAGAACGGGAGGAGUGUUAUCGAUAGGAUGUUGCCUGUGGUUGAUCGGUUGCUUUCGGAGAAGGGUUGGUUCUACUUGGUGACGUUGACUUCGAACUACCCGUCGGAGAUUUGUCUGAUGAUGAGGAAGAGAGGCUACGCGUGGAGGAUCAUGGUUCAGAGGUCGACAGAGGAGGAGAAUCUCGUUAUCCUCAAGUUCUGGAGGGAUAGAGACGAGGAGAGCUUGGAGAAGGAGGCGUCAUCAUCAGCUUCGUUUGCGUCCGAGUUUUCGAGAUCUUUAUCAUCCUUUAUGGAGAAACAACAGCGGUGAACUUGAUCUUUGUUAACAAGAAACUUGUAAUGUUGUUUGCAAAACACUCCUUUGAAGUGUUAUAAAAACCCGGUUUUGUGUUGGUUUAGUGGAAUCUAUUUUACAAAA